GGCGAUUCGAAUCUAUCAGCAAUGCUUACAUAGACCAAAACCAGAUGAUGUUUUGCAAUCAUUUGAUAAACUAUGGAAUAGUCUACCGAUUUCACCAGAAUUAUCAUGGCCAUUGGAAUCGAAUAACAACUCGAUAAAUAUGGAUUGGUUGGAUUUUUACGCACACUUUUCCAUUGUUUUUGGUUAUGAACCACUAUUCAGAGUUGGUGUUUGGAUGUUUUUUAAGAUAAAUAUCAAGAUUGAUUUUGGUUCUUUGGAGAAUGAUACUCAUAAUUAUCAUAUUUUGUAUGAUUUAGUGACCAAAAAUAAUACAGGGAAGAUGAGUAAAGAAAAAUAUGAAAAAAUAGUCAAUGAAGUGAUUGAUUUUGAGGACAAAAUUACAAAUUUUAAAAAAACAAAAAAAUCUGAAACAAGUUCUAAAUCUUUGAAAAAAAUUAGCAAUGAUACGGGGUUAAAUUGGAUAAGUUUUUUCCAAAUAACAUAUAAUGCGGGAAAAUCCUUUGGGAAUGUGAAAAAUUCUGCGAGUAUUAGUGGCGAUGAAUUUAUUUCCUUUGAACCCGGUGAUCCACUUGUUAAUUUUUUCAAAUUCAUUCAAAACACUCCUGAACAUAUUGUACUCAAUUAUUUGUGGCUGAAAGGAAUAAUAUAUUUGUUGAAUGAAUUUCAACCUAAAAAUCAAGAAACAUGCCCUAAUAUCUUCUUAUCUGAUCAAUUCCCAUUGAGCUUCGCAAUCGCACGCUUAUAUGUUGAUUAUUCAUUAAAACCUGGAUCGAAAUUGAAAGUAAUUCAUAUGGUCAACCAAUUGAAACGAUCGGCUAUCGAAUCAAUGAAACAGAAUACAUUAUUUGACAAUGAGACACGUGAAAGAGUUAUAAAAAAACUUCGUAACAUCAUUGAUAUUAUCGGUUUCCCCGAGUUCAUUAUUGUUGAUGAAUAUCUUGAUGAGUAUUAUAUAGUUCAUGGUUCGAUUAAUCAUUUCAUUGGAAAUAAUUAUUGCGAAUCAUAUGCAAAACUGUUAAGCUACUAUAAAUAUCUAAUGUUUCGAUUGAUGAAAAAUGAUACCUGUAUUGAAGAAAUUAUUUAUUUUUCACCAUUAAAAUUAAAUGCUCAUUAUCUUCCUGAAAUAAACAGCAUCGUAAUUAAACCAACAUUUUUAAGAUUUCCUUUAUUCGAUGCCGAACUGCCGUUUUAUGUGAAUUACGCAAAAAUAGGUUCUAUAAUUGGUCAUGAAAUUACACAUUAUAGUGCCCAAUGUUUUAUAGAACAAUAUCGAAAUUACAGUGAACAUUCAUAUGGUCUUUUGGGGAAUAUUUCUACAUUGAAUGAAGAUAUUGCUGAUAACGGUGGUUUGAGUCUGGCAUAUAUGGCAUAUCAAGAUGAAUUGAAACGUAUUUUAAAUCUUGGAAAGCAACCACAAUUAUUGCCACGAUUAGUUGACAAAAAAAUGACAAUUGAACAAGUAUUUUUCUUAUCAUUAGCCCAGAAUCAGUGUCGGUCUUUUACUCGAAAUGAAUUAAAAUUUUCGAUCCAACAAGAUCCACAUUCACCCGGAGAAUCUCGAGUCAAUUUAUGUAUGCAAAACUUUGAUAAAUUUGCAGAAAGUUUCAAUUGUUCGAUUGGAUCGCCAAUGAAUCCGAAAAAACGUUGUUUUUUAUGGUGAGGAUAAGUGGUUCAUUUGUUAAUGUCGGUAUUGAU